AUGAGCGCUGGGCCGCUCGGGAGGUGGUGCUAGGAUCAAGACCAGGGGAGCGUUGCGGCGCCCGCAGCCUUGGAUGCUGGGCCUGCGGGGAUGCCCAGGGACCUCGGGGAACAGUCGGGGCAGGCGGGAGUGGCAGCAGCCUGGACUGGCCCUCGACGCUGAGCUUCGGUGGGGGACCCUCUGGCGCCGCGAGGGCCAGUGAGAGGAAGCGUCGCGCAGCGAAGAAGCCGGGCAGCGCCUGGCCACUUCCAGGGUCCCGCCUGGCCCCCCAGUGGGUCAGGAGGGCCGUACGCGCACUUCUAGGGGUGCUGAGGCCACCGUACAUCCUUGGAGGCUACCUGGCCACCAGCGCCGCCUCGGUCGAGCCCCGGGGUGGCCCUGGAUGGCUGAGCUGCCCUGUCGCCGGCCGCCCUGGCGCCGCAGCGGCUGAGGUCGCUGGGAUCGCCGGGCUGCCGCCGCCCUCGCCGCCCCCUGCAUGCCCGGCGCCCGGGUCGCAGCCCACCUGGACUCUCUGGGCACCCUGGUCUCCUACGUGCAGCCUCCGCUGCUGCCCUCUAUGUUCUACGUGGGCCUGUUCUUCGUCAAUGUGCUGAUCCUGUACUACGCCUUCCUCAUGGAAUACAUCGUCCUCAAUGUGGGCCUCGUCUUCCUGCCUGAGGACUUGGACCAGGCGCUUGUGGACCUUGGCGUGCUCUCUGACCCCGGCUCUGGCCUCUAUGAUGCCGAUUCAGAGCUCGAUGUCUUCGAUGGUUACUUGGAGUAGGUUCUUAACUGCUCCAUCCCCUUCCCCUCCACGAUCCGUAACCCUUGGCCUGGACCAGCUGCCCAGAUCAUGCCACCCCUCCUGGUUGGGGACGCCGUCCGGACGGAGGUGGGACCCCAGGACGAGAUCCUCCCCGGCCUCCAAGGCCUAUGGAGAAACGGAGGCCAGGACGAUAGGCCUGCCCGCCCCAAGGCCACACACUGGGGCAGGAGAGCAGGUCUGAGCCCUGGAGACACACGCUGAGCCCCACACCGGCUGCGGAGACUUACGCCAGGGUCUCCACGUACGGACACUUCCGCAGGCUGGCAGCCAGCUGUUGGGCGCCCACAGCCGUGAACUUGUUGUACUGGACGCUGGGGAGAGAGACUCAUUCUGAGGCCUGGCCCUGGGACCGCCCAUCUCCAGACAAGACCUUCCCAUGAUGCACCAGGAGACACACCCCCGCCUCCCUGCUGCCCAGACUCUGCCCACACUCACUCUAUCACCCGCAGGGACCCCAUCUCAGGAAGCGCACGUGCCAGGCUCUCGGCGCCAGCGUCGCAGAUGCAGUUGUUGUACAAGCUGCCGGAGACAGAGGCCAUGGAAGAGUUUUGGGGUGCUGGGAGAAGGCUCCCAGAAUCUACACUUAACUGAGAUUGCUGUCGCAUUUUAGAGGGGCAAACAGGCCCAGUGAGUUGAGGCUGCUUCUCUGUGGUCACGCAGUAGGUUCAGAGGAGCAGCAGGACUGAAAGAAAGCUGCUUCUUGGCUGAGAGUGUGGAAACUCUCAGGAGAAAUGACUUCCUGGGUUCAAAUCCUAGCUAUGCCUCCUGCCUCCUGUGAAAUCCUGGGCAAGUUACUGAAACCCCCUGAGACCCAGCCUGCUCAUCUGUACAAUCGCCACAGGCAAACUAUGGGGAAGAGCAAGAGUUCAUGCUGGUAGGUGAACUGUUAACUCUGGUUAUGACUCUCACAGGCCUGACUGUCACCCUCACUGAGUGCCUGUAGAAGGUGUGACUGGCAUUGGUGGCAGGAAGAGAAAAACCCAGUCACUGGGGCAGCUCCGUUUGGGGCCACCAUGCAUAGCAGCAGCACAGCAGCACACAGCACCAAGCAUCCUUUCCGCAGGCCGGUGCUGCUAUGGCUCAGCCCUGAGCUGCACAGCAGGGCUCCAUGCAAAGGCAGCAGGUCCUCACCGCUGCAAGGGUUCAGGCUCCACCCCAGUGGGCCGGAUAUCGCGGCUGGCCAGGUGGCAGGCAGAGGCAGCACAACCUCCCCUGCAGUAGUCCUAGAACCCAGGAGGCCCUGCCGCCUCUCUGCAGGCAGCUGGAGUCCUUGCAUCUCUGAGGUGGAGAUGCCCAAGCCCACAUCUGAAUCUCACUGAGAUCAGAGCGCGACCUUUGACCGAGAGUGUCGCAGCUUAGUUGGCAGCAUUUCAUCCUUCCACCUGUGUCUUCGUGUGGGUGGCACUUUAGUCUAUGAAAUACAUGUUCUUUUUUUUCUUUCCCUUUUUGUGGGGCUGGGAUAGAACCUAGGACCUCACACAUCCCAGACAAGUGCUCCACCACCAAGCCUGAUAAUUCUUAAUGUGCACAUCAGAUCAGAUAUCACUUUCACAUGCCCCUCCUACUUCUCAUUCACCCAGCAAAAGCCAGGAAUGCCUCUGCCUCACCUAUAAGCACCCCUUGCUUGAUCUGGGCUUCAGCGACCUCUCCUACCUCUGUCCUUCAUCCUCUCUGCCCACCACAACCUCUCUCACCUCAGGGCCUUUGCACCUGCUGCUCCUCUUGCUUCAGUGCUUUUCCCUCAGAGCUCCCCAUAGGAAGCUGGUCACUUCCUCCAGCAAUCCUCUCUAUUGCAUGCUCUCAGGCUGUGUUGGUUUCUUUCCAGCAUAAAUCACUAUAUCAAAAUA